GAGGGAGGAGCGAGAAGGGAGAGGGCGAGCCUGAAGCCGCCUACUCGGGAUCCUACAGAGAACAGAGAAUUCGACCAGUCAGUCAGGCUUCUUUGUCUCGAGCUCUCGUCGUCACCGCCUUUGACCGUGAUCAUUGUUAUAUACUCCAUCCGCGUUCUUUGGAACAAGCGGACGCCCUUCUUAUCUUUAUUCGGUAGAGGAUCGUGGGUCCAGUUCCAGUCCCCAGCGGCGCCUAAAACGGAAGUACGUCUUUGGAAAAAGAUCCCGACAGAGAGCGCGGGCCUCUGCGGUGUUUGAAAUGGUCGUUCCUAAUGAUACUCGCGGAUGGAUUAUGACCGCUUUGAGUGGUGUUGCAUGCAUAUUUGGAGCAUCGAUUAUAUGUGUCGACGUUAUAGUGCGAAUGUUUCCGGGAAAGAAGGGUUUCAGGAUACAAGAUAGUAACGCUUUUCUGUCGUCGAGUCUGAGUUUGAGUUUUGGGGUCAUGAUAUUUUCGUCACUACACAGCAUGCUUCCUUCAGCAAAAUCGUCGUUGCAGAAAGGCGGCCUGUCCCCGAAAGCUGCGGCGUGGGUGCUGAUAGCGUGUUUCCUGGGAGGUGUCAUCGGCAUUCAGAUCAUCUCCAAGAUAUUGCAUUCGUAUAUUCCGUCACAUGUCGUCGAUUGCGCCCAUACGCACGAAGACGAGGAUGUGAAGGUAGAAGACCAAUAUGUUCACGAUCGUGACAACCACGGCCAUAACAGCCAACCGCAUCACCACUCCUCUCGACCAUCCGCACUUCGAAUGGCCGCCUCCGAAUCCUAUCUUCCCAUCUCCGGCACUGUCUCCGUAUCGCAAAGUGGCACGGCGACUCCCUCUGAAUCUGCCCACAGAGAUACAGAACAACAGCAUCAGCUUGACCGUCGUCCCUCUCUUCAGCAACUUAUAUCCUCGAAAAUGUCCAAGCUCAUCUCCAACACCGAUUCCUGCGACGAAGACGAUGCCUGUUUCGGAUUUUCUGAGCGACCUUGCGGCACAGACUGCUUCCGCAACAUCCAAGCACGUGGCGGCACUCGAGCUUCCGUACAGUCUGCUGCACAUAGCACACUGCGCAAACCGGGGACGGAUGUGUCUGGCAGCCAACCACCACCUCUAGAUGACGUCAGCGAGACAUCGCCCUUGCUACCUGCGCACGAUCAACCAAUCCAUAAAAGUCUCUCCCAGUCCUACACCCAGGACUACGCCGAUGACCAUGAAAUUGCCCAAAUGGGCGAAAGUAGCCACCACCACCAUGUCCCCACCAACGCCUUCCUCUCCAUAGGCCUGCAAACCUCCAUCGCUAUCGCGCUACACAAGUUGCCGGAAGGUUUCAUAACAUACGCCACAAACCAUGCAAAUCCGAAGCUGGGCGUUUCGGUGUUUCUAGCGUUGUUCAUACACAACAUUACUGAAGGAUUUGCGAUGGCUUUGCCCCUGUACUUGGCGAUCGGGUCGCGUUGGAAAGCUAUGUUUUGGAGUAGUUUGCUGGGAGGCGUGAGUCAGCCGCUGGGUGCCGGGAUUGCGGCCGUUUGGUUUUGGGCGGCGGGCGGUCAGGAGGGAGUUGAGAUUGGGGACGGGGUGUAUGGAGGAAUGUUUGCUGUUACUGCGGGCAUCAUGGCAUCCGUAGCACUGCAACUCUUCUCGGAAGGGUUGGAUCUCGGGCAUAGUCGCGAUUUAUGCUUCCUAUUUGCGUUCAUGGGUAUGGCUGUUUUGGGAGCGAGCUCAGCGUUAACGGCAUGAAACGAAUGAUUGGCAUAGUGACUCGGUGAACACAAGUAUGGUUGUACUCUUGUUCGCAUGAGAGGGAGUUCGAUAUUUGUGGAACAAAUCAUUUGGUUAUGAGUAUAAGGAUACUGUCAUAUAGAGCUGUAAGCCAAAUAGACAAAGACAAUAC